GCGGCGGCGAGCCCGGGGGCGAGGCGCGGACGGGAAGAGGAAAAGCCUCCAGGAGCACCGGCAGGCGGGCGCACCCACGGCCGCACUCCGAGGUGAAGCGGGGAGAGGAAGCGGGUGUUUUCCCCUCUUCAUUUUGGCCCCCGCCCUUCCUUUCAGUUUCUCCCCGCUCGCUCGGAAGUUGGUGAUUGACAAAAAUGGCAGGAGCCGGGGCACGGGCGGGUUGCCGCAGCGCCGCGGGGACCAUCUGAGUUGGCGUGGCUGCUGGGAGACGCUCGCGGGGCAUCCGAUGCGUGGGUCUGGGGGCCUCGGGAGAGCUCAGCCGCCGCUGGUCCGAGACAAGGAGGCGACGGGGAUGGACUCGUGCCUACUGCAAGUGGCGGGUCGCGGGGCGCGCGGACCGGGAGGGCGUGCCGCCUGGGCGCCGGGCCGCGCUCUGUGAACUGCGAGGCGGGAAGGGACCGCCGCGGCGCCCGGCACGCCCGGGUGUGGCAGGCGGCCGAGCAAGCGGGGCGGCCGCCGUGUGCAAUCAGUGCAAGCUCCCGCCCGACUCGGACUCUCCGCGCCAGUGCCGGCCACACCCUCGGCCCUGCAGCCGCCGCCGGCGCCGCUUCCCGGGAGCGCGGGGCAGGAGAUGCGCCCUGAGCGACUGCGCGUCCCCAAGCGCCAACCUGGGCUGCCGUCGCAGAGAAGCGCCACUCGGCGGGAUCACGGCGCCUGAAAGCCCACGUGCUCCACCAAACCGAGGUGGCCUCGAGCGCCGCAGCUGACAGCAGAGCCCGCCCGAGCCGCCACCCGUGCUCCUCCCGGAGGAAAGGAGUUUGAUUUUCAAAGAAAGAAAGGAAGGAAGGAAGGACAACUCCCAGCUUCCCCGUCCCGCCCUUUCGGCUCCGGCGGCCUGGCCGGGCCAUGCCCAGGAAGGAGGCGGUGGCCCAGCCGAGGGGACUUUUCUGGCAGCCCGGCGACGAGGAGCGCGGACUGUGAGUUUGCCCUGCCCUGGUUCAUGCUUCCAGCAAGCCCUCGGAGAGGCCGGACUCCGCAGCCCCGCCCCGUGCCCCGAGGAGCCUCCUGCGUUUUCUGGCCGUCGCUCCCGCCCCGCGCCGCCCGGGUUCUGGCCGCCGCAACCCUGUGCCCUCCGCCCGCGGCGGUGGAUGGCAUGAUGGUUCGGGAAAGGUACCGCGGCCUUGGCCUGAACAGUCGCGACGGCUGCGGGGGCGGCAGUGGCAGUGGCAGUGGCGGCGGUAGCGGGCUCCCCAGCGGCAUGCCAGUGCCCCUCGGGCGUGAUGGCUAGCGGCAGCGCUGGGAAGCCCACCUGCGAGGCGGCUUCUCCGGCUCCAGUGAGCACCGUCGGCGGGGCCAGCUCGCAGACGAGGAAGAGGCUGGUGUCAGUGUGUGACCACUGCAAGAGCAAAAUGCAGCUGGUGGCUGACCUGCUGCUGCUGUCCAGCGAGGCUCGUCCUGUGCUCUUCGAGGGCCUCGUCUCCAAUGCCGGCGCCGAGUCCUUCGAGCAGUGUCGGGACACCAUCAUCGCGCGCACCAAAGGUCUCUCCAUCCUCACGCACGAUGUGCAGAGCCAGCUCAACAUGGGUCGCUUCGGAGAGGCCGGGGACAGUCUGGUAGAGCUGGGUGACCUAGUGGUGUCACUGACCGAGUGCUCCGCGCAUGCCGCUUACCUGGCUGCAGUGGCCACGCCAGGCGCGCAGCCUGCACAACCGGGUUUGGUGGACCGCUACCGGGUGACACGCUGCCGCCACGAGGUGGAACAAGGCUGCACACUGCUUCGAGCCACGCCACUGGCCGACAUGACACCGCAGCUGCUGUUGGAGGUGUCCCAGGGCCUGUCGCGCAACCUCAAGUUCCUGACGGACGCGUGCGCCUUGGCCAGCGACAAGUCCCGGGACCGAUUUUCACGCGAGCAGUUCAAGCUGGGCGUCAAAUGUAUGAGCACGAGCGCAUCAGCGCUGCUGGCCUGCGUACGCGAGGUGAAGGCAGCGCCCAGCGAGCUGGCGCGCAGCCGCUGUGCGCUCUUCAGUGGGCCGCUGGUGCAGGCUGUGAGCGCCCUGGUGGGCUUCGCCACCGAACCGCAGUUCCUGGGUCGCGCUGCAGCCGUGAGCGCCGAGGGCAAGGCGGUGCAGACCGCUAUCCUGGGCGGUGCCAUGAGCGUGGUGUCAGCCUGUGUGCUCCUGACCCAGUGCCUCAGGGAUCUGGCGCAGCACCCGGAAGGGAGCGCCAAGAUGUCGGACCACAGGGAGAGGCUGAGGAACUCGGCCUGCGCCGUGUCUGAAGGCUGCACCCUGCUAUCUCAGGCUUUAAGGGAGAGGUCUUCACCCAGGACUUUACCGCCAGUGAAUUCCAAUUCUGUGAAUUAGCACCCCUCUCCAAACCCUUACUUCCACCCCAGACUAAAGGAAGAUAUGCAUUCUCUGCCCCCUCUCCAUUUAUACCAAAGAAAUCAUAGGUGAAGUCCCCUUUUCCUCUCCCUGAUAAAUGCUUGAGAGGCAUCUUCUAAAAGGCAGGGCCUUGCACACCACUUAGACACUCUGAGGCCCCAGGUGUCCACCAGAUCAUCAUACACAGUUGAGGUUGGGAGAUAGAAGAUGUAUAAAUGUAUUCACCCCCACCCCAACCCGUCUACCAGAAUUUCACAACCACGUUUUAUUAAUUGGGCAGGAAGGAGGUCAUGGGUUCAUUCGUUUUAUUUUGUUUUGUUCCUCCCCCCCUCUAUUAAAAAAAAGGUUACCUCAGUUUUCACUCUUUAGACAUGGAUGUAGCUACCUUUUUUUGUAUGAUUUUUUUUUUUAAGCAAUCAUUGGAUUAGGAGUAUAAUUGGUGUGGAAAGAGUAUGACUUUGCCAUGUGAUUUACAAAUGGGCAAGCUACUGUGAGCGUGUGUUUUAUUUUUUAAUUUACACUAUAGAGAGUGAUCUCUUCCCCUUCAGUGUCAAGUUUUUACCUUGCAUGUACUGGAGUAUUUAUUUCAUCUAUUAAAAUGUUAUGUUUCUCAGA